AUGGAUGAGGAUGGUGCAAUAGUAGCAAAGGAAGCAUGCUCUACAAUACCACUGAUGCAAAAUGACUGGUCACAGGCUCCUCAUGUGUGUCAGGUUACAACAGAAAACAGACCAUCAUUGAUAGGAGAAGAAAUGGACUUCAGUGCCAUCACAGUCAAAAAGGAUAAUGUGAAGGCACCAGACUACAUGUUUCACAACAGUAUUGGACGGUUCAUAGAAAGUAAAUACUGUCAAGCAGCCCAUAUAUUGCUGAUUUCCACAAGUAUUGUAGUAAUGGCAUGUGAGACCAGCCAUGAGAUUGAAGUGAAUUAUUCUCACAUCCUCUGUAUGAUUGACAGUUUCAUCUUUACAAUGUUCUUAUGUGAUAUCCUUCUCAAGCUGUAUUAUGGAGUCUGGAUGUUCUGGAGGGAUGUUCCCAGCAUUAUGGAUCUUGGCAUUGUGGUGGGUCUCAAUUUACAUCCAGUUCUAGACUUUGGAAAAAGUGUUCAUUUUCUCAAGGUUCUGAAGCUGGUACUUACCAUUCGAAAUUUAUCAGUGUUUAAAGGGCUUUGUCUAAUAGUUGAUGUGAUACUCAUAUCCCUUCCAGAGAUGACUAGUAUUAUAGUCCUGCUUGUUACAUUAAUGAUGUUAUUCUCAGCUUUUGGAGUGGCAGUCUUUGGUGUCUACGUUUCAGACUACUUUGGCAGUAUCGGAAAAUCAAUGUUCUCUCUUUUCAUUUGCAUAACGCAGGAUGGUUGGGCAGACAUAUACUCUUCCUUCAGAGCAAUAGGAGGUACAGUUAUGUAUGGAGGAGGUGCCUAUUUAUUCAGUUUUGUGACAAUAGGAGGUUUUGUUUGCUCCAAUCUGUUGGUUGCUGUGAUAUCAAAUAACCUGGAGCAAGUCGUGAUUAAAGCAGAGUACACACAAUCUACAAGCACAGAUGUCAAUAUGACCGACAAAGCAAGUUUAAAAGACCACAGUAUGCCUGGAGAGGGUAACAGUUAUAGGGAGGGAGUCAAGAAAGAAGAAAGUUUUGAGGAUCUACAGAAAAUUUUUAAAUGCUGCACAGUUGAAGAUCUGUCACUCUCCAAAAUAAAUGAAUUCUAUAUCGUAGUAGAGCUCAUCCAUAAAAACUACACAGAAUAUAAAAUGCUUAGGAAAGAGCUUGACAGCAUAGUGGAGGAGGUGAGACAAAUCCCAUUCAACCAAGAACACGACUAUGAAGAACUUAUACAACUAAAGCUAAAGCUGCUUUGUGGAUGGGAGGCUGAUGGCAAUUGAGCUUGCUGUAGAAAAAGAAAAGCAAUAUUCUGUAUACAGUGGUUCAACCUGAAGAUGUUAAUCUGAUUAAUUUAAGGGAA